GCCCGUUGGGCGCCAUCAACUGAACUUCACCUGGCGCCAUCGCCAUGCCAAACCCAUGAGCGCCUCAUGGCGCGGACCUGCUGGGCGCGCGCCGCGGCCGUGCAGCGACUCUUCCGGCGAAGCGCGGCGACGCAGCAUUCACCGCUGGAGCAGCAGGCGGUGCGCGGGCCUCACGGGUGUGUGCGGAAAAGUGAGAACAUGAGUACAAUGACUACUUGUGGGAGUCAUCGGAAGACAUCCUCGGAUCCAUCAUAAGGUGGAGAUUGAACAGUGGACAGCUCCGAAAGAUGCGGAAAUUCUUUAUUUGAGGUGGCGCUGAAUGCAAUCCUUGCCUUCGUGGCAAUUAGUCUAGUUCCUCCUUGUUCGCGAACAAGGGAAGAAGAACCAACACAGCAUCGCAGCCGGUUCCAAGUGCUGGCGGGCCUUCCCAACAUAUGUCAGAGCCCUGCAAUGGAGAAUGCCUGGCAGCAGGUCCAACCCUUGCUGAGCUCCAAGGACACCUCAUCCUUAGUGGACGGUCUCUCCCUGCUGGUGGCGGCAGCCUUGGCCUCUGACGACCUGCCGCGUGCACGGCGUAUUUGUUUGCGACUGCUGGCGCUCCAAGAAGCUGAGCUGGGGCCCUCGAAGAAGACGGUGGAUUUGUUGCCUGCCUCUGUGCUUCAUGCCUUGAUCUGCGCCCACGCGCGCCUGGGCGACGCGGACGCCGCCUUCGCCUUCUUGGGGUCCCUGGAGACACCAGGGGCACCCAUCCCGGUGGAGAUUUUCGAAUCCCUCAUUGAAGGCCUCGUCUCCCGCGGCCGCGCCAGAAGCGCCUUCGGUGCCUUCGAGCGCAUGCGGAGCUGGGCGUUGCUGGAGCCGACGGUGAAGCUCUAUGUACAGAUGAUCAAGGCGUGUAGCUUGGUGAGAGAUCCAGACCGUGCCGAAGCACUGAUUGAGGAAAUGAAGAACAAGUAUGGUCCAGCGAACGAGGAGGCGCACUCCGAGUUCAUCAUCGCCUUGGCCUCCCGGCGCCGCACGGCCUCGCGCGCCUUUCAGCUGGCGAGCGAAAGCUCCCGUCGUGGCCUCGCGCCCUCCGCGCGGCUCUGCGUCGCCCUGGCGCGCGCCUGCGCCGAGACCUCCAACGCCGAGGAGGCCAAGCAGCUGCGGCGGCGGAUGCGGGCGGCGCAGGUGGAGCCGGACGUGGGGCUGAGGGCAGAUUUGGUGCGAGCCUUUGGGCAGGCGGCCGCACUCGUGCAGGAGCCGGGCUUGAGGGGACGUUUGCUGGCGAACGCCUGGCGCGAGCUGCAGGAGUCGCGACAGCAGGGGCCCAUCCCUUUGGAGUUGCUUCACGCCAUGCUGGCGGCUUAUUGCUCUUGUGGUGCUCCCACACAGGCGGAGGAGAUCCUGCUGAUGAGUCGAGAAGAGCUGGGCGUUGAGCCGGAUGAGACCGCCUACCACCUGGUGCUGUCGGCACUGGCCACGUCCCACGCGGGACGCUUCCGGGAGUUGUGGCGGCGCCUGCAGCGGCAGACGCCUUUGCGGCCCACGGCGAAGAUGCUGCCGGUGGCGUUGAAGGUGGCGCUGGUGCUGCAGGAUAUGACCCUGGCGCGCUCGGUGUUAGAGCUGAUGUUCCACCAGCGGCUGACAGUAGAACCGCAGCUAGCAGAGCAGCUGGCAAAGUCACCUGAGCUGCGUCGCUUGCUGAAGGCCUUCCAGAGAGUUGGUGCCGUCGACUCUGAGAGUGGAGAAAGGAGAUGAAGGGAGGGC